CCCGCGCCCCCACUCCCUACUUGCAUCUCCACGCUCGUCUUCUUCCACCGCCUUCCUUCACCUCCUCGCAUUAUAUAGAGGCCUCGCAUUCAAUCCCCGCCCUUACUCCUCCAUUUCUAGUAGAGACCAACAACGAAAGAGGGCGGGGAGGAGGAGAGCACCAAAGAAUAGCUCUCAUGGCGGUUAACAUAACCUCCAUUAAGACCUCCUCCAAUGGGAUCUGGCAAGGCGACAACCCCCUCCACUUCGCUUUCCCCCUUCUCAUCGUCCAAACUACCCUCGUUCUCAUCUUAAGCCGCUCCCUCGCCGUCAUCCUCAAACCCCUCCGCCAGCCCAAAGUCAUCGCCGAGAUUAUCGGAGGAAUUAUAUUGGGCCCUUCGGCCCUGGGCCGGAACAAGACGUACCUCCACCGGAUCUUUCCGUCAUGGAGCACGCCGAUCCUCGAGACGGUGGCGAGCAUCGGGCUCCUCUUCUUUCUGUUCCUCGUCGGCCUCGAGCUCGACCUCCGGUCCAUCCGGCAGAGCGGCCGGCGGGCGUUCUCCAUCGCGGCGGCGGGGAUCACCCUCCCGUUCGUCUGCGGCGUCGGCGUGGCCUUCGUCCUCCGCAGCAGCCUCCCCGGCGCCGACUCCGCCGGCUAUGGUCCCUUCCUCGUCUUCAUGGGCGUGUCUCUCUCCAUCACUGCCUUCCCCGUGCUCGCUCGCAUCCUCGCGGAGCUCAAGCUCUUGACGACCCAGCUCGGCGAGAUCGCCAUGGCCGCCGCCGCCUUCAACGACGUCGCCGCCUGGGUCCUCCUCGCCCUCGCCGUCGCUCUCUCCGGAGGCGAGGCCGGUGGCCACAAGAGCCCCCUCGUCUCCCUCUGGGUCCUCUUGUGCGGCGUCGCCUUCGUCGUCGUGCAGAUGGUGGCGGUGAGGCCGGCGAUGGCGUGGGUGGCCAGAAGAGCCGAUGGAGAGGGCGGCGAGAGCGAGGUCUGGACCUGUCUGACCCUGGCCGGCGUCCUCGUAUCGGGCUUCUUUACGGACUUCAUCGGAAUCCACUCGAUCUUCGGGGCGUUCGUUUUCGGUCUGACGGUGCCGAAGGAGGGGGAGUUCGCCGGAAGGCUUAUAGAGAGGAUCGAGGACUUCGUUUCCGGGCUUUUGCUGCCGCUCUACUUCGCGUCGAGCGGGUUGAAGACGAACGUGGCAACGAUCAAAGGAGGGAAGGCGUGGGGGCUGCUGCUGCUGGUGAUCAGCACUGCGUGCGCCGGGAAGAUACUGGGGACGUUCUUGGUGGCGGUGGCGUGCGGCAUGGCCGCGAGGGAGUCGGUGGCGCUCGGCGUGCUCAUGAACACCAAGGGUCUCGUCGAGCUCAUCGUUCUCAACAUCGGCAAGGAGAGGAAGGUACUCAACGAUGAAACAUUUGCCAUUUUGGUGUUAAUGGCGCUCUUCACCACCUUCAUCACCACCCCAAGCGUCAUGGCCAUCUACAAGCCCGCCCGCACCGGCCACAAUUCCUAUAACCGCCGUAAACUCCAGGCCUCCUCAUCCCCUCAAUCCGCCGACCCCGGGGAGCUCCGCAUCCUCGCCUGCGUCCACGGCCACCGCGAUGCCCCCUCCAUCAUCAACCUCAUUGAGACCAUCCGUGGGGGCACCAGGAAGUCUCCCCUCAAGCUCUACAUCCUCCACCUCGUGGAGCUCACCGAGCGUUCCUCCUCCAUCAUCAUGGUUCGCCAAGCUCGCCGCAACGGCCUCCCCUUCCGCAACCCCCUUCGCCGCGAGUCUCACGACCAGGUCUGUGUCGCCUUUGAAGCCUACGGGCAGCUCGGCCGCGUCCGGGUCCGCCCCAUGACCGCCAUUUCCGCCAUGCCGACGAUCCACGAAGACGUCUGCAACGUGGCCGACGACAAGCGCGUCUCCCUCCUCGUCGUCCCCUUCCACAAACACCGGGCUGCCGGCGGUGACGACAGCGGCCACAUGGAGAACGUGGGGCCCGGCUGGCGGGCGGUGAACCAGAGGGUCAUGAAGGAGGCUCCGUGCUCCGUGGCCGUCCUCGUGGACCGAGGCUUCGGCGGGGGCGGGCAGGUGGGCCCGGCCGAGGUGGCGCAUGGCGUGUGCGUGCUGUUCUUCGGAGGUCCCGACGACCGGGAGGCGCUCGAGCUGGCCAGCAGGAUGGCGGAGCACCCCGGCGUGAGGGUCACCGCAGUGAGGUUCGUCGACGUUAAGAAGGACAAGGAGGUUCGACCCAACAUCAUGCUGCGCCCUUCUCCGAUGAAGAGCGCCGACCACAGCUAUACUUUCUCCACCGCCGUCAUGGACCGCGAGCUGGAAAAGGAGCUGGACGAGACGGCGGUGGCGGAGUUUCGGAGGAGGACGGAGGGGACGGCGACAUACGAGGAGAGGCCAGCGGGGAAUGUUCUGGAGGCGGUACUGGGGAUCGGGAGGAGUGAGGCGUACGAGCUGAUAGUGGUGGGGAAGGGGCGGUUCCCGUCGUCGAUGGUGGCGGAGCUGGCCGGGCGGCAGGCGGAGCACCCGGAGCUGGGGCCCGUCGGGGACGCGCUGGCGUCGUCCAGCCACGGGGUCGUGUCGUCCGUGCUGGUGAUCCAGCAGCACGACGUGGUCCACUCGGAGGAGACCCCCGUCUCUAUGGUCCUUGACGGCGGCCGGGAUGCCACCGUCGUUGAUGUGGACGGCGGCAGCGCCCGGAAAACCUCGUAAAGCUAGAGUUGGAUGAUCCGUAUGGGUCCAAGAGGUACCGUUAUUAUACAGUACCGGCCAUCAAACAUAUAUUGUUACUUCCUUGUUGCCUGUAAUUUUACCACCCAAUGAUUUGAUGGUCCAUUUGAACAUGCGCUCGUUAAGAGCAAUAUCCCGGUUCAAAA